AUCCGAGCCCAUCCAUAGUUUCCCUCACCAUCCAAUCCCAUUCACGGAUUCCAUUGCCGUUUUCUCCACGGCGCUUCGCCUUUGCCAGCGUUUGUAUGCUUCGAUGGUCCUUUGCAGCUGCCGCUUCUUUGGUGGAGGCCUCAACUGAGCAGCCCGACACCAUUUGCUAUCAGGUGGUUGCUGGAGCAUCACAUGCCAAACUUUGCGAACAAGGUUUUGCACGCGGCCUCCAAGUUCUCCACGGACCUGAGCUGGCGUGCUCCUUCAGUCUCCGGGGGCUUGAGCUCUGGUGGAGGUCAAGCGUUGGAUGGAACCAGAGCCGAAUCCUUCUGGAGGAUCAGAAGCACAACCCUGGCAGAAGGAGCAUGAUGCAAGCCAUGAGCACCUUGGAUAGUCAUUCUCACCAAUGACCGCUUCAUCCUCCGUCAAAAUGGAAGGCCAGCUCAGCUCUUCUUUGGCUGGGCCAGGAACUCAGCCGCAGCAGAGAGUGCCAAGUCCUUGAUGUUGUCAGCCUGCACAUCUUCCUUCACCCACUUCUCACUCGC